GGCGGGCGCGGUGGCUGCCGGGGCGCGGGAACGGCGGCGGCAGCAGCGGCGAGCUGAGGAUUUAUAACGUUUACACUUCUGACUUUGGGAGAGAAGACCUUCUGCAGAAAUGUCGAAGAUUGAGAAGAUGAGUAUCCUCGGAGUGAGGAGCUUUGGGGUAGAGGAUAAAGACAAACAAAUUAUCACUUUCUUUCAUCCAUUAACUAUUUUGGUGGGACCAAAUGGUGCAGGAAAAACGACUAUCAUUGAAUGUCUUAAAUACAUAUCCACUGGAGAUUUUCCUCCUGGCACCAAAGGGAACUCAUUUGUUCAUGAUCCAAAGGUUGCCAAUGAAACAGAUGUUAGAGCCCAGAUUCGAUUACAGUUUCGUGAUGUAAACGGAGAGCUCGUAGCUGUCCAGCGAUCCAUGGUCUGCACCCAGAAAGGCAAGAAAACAGAAUUUAAAACACUUGAAUCUGUCAUUACUAGAACAAAGCAUGGCGAGAAGGUCAGUCUCAGUUCCAAGUGUGCAGAAAUUGAUCGAGAGAUGAUCAGUGCCCUUGGUGUUUCCAAAUCGGUGAUUAACAAUGUCAUUUUCUGCCACCAAGAAGAAUCCAACUGGCCGUUAAGUGAAGGGAAGGCCCUGAAACAAAAAUUUGAUGAGAUCUUUUCAGCAACAAGGUAUAUUAAAGCACUCGAAACUCUCCGUCAGGUACGACUGAAACAAAGCUUGAAAGUAAAAGAGUGCCAGACAGAACUGAAAUACCUAAAACAGAAUAAAGAAAAAGCACAGGAAAUCCAGAAUCAUCUUAGCAACAGAGAGGCUCAACUGGCUGCUUCUAAGGAGAAUGUAAAAUCUAUUGAGGGUCAACUUGAUCCUCUAAAGAGUUCUCUGGCAGCAGUUGAACAGAAUCUCAUAAAAGUAAUGAGGCUAGACAAUGAUGUAAAAGCCUUGGAGAGCAGGAGGAGGCAGAUGGAGAAAGAUAAUCAAGAUUUGCAACAGAAGAUGGAAAAGGUUUUUCAAGGAACAGAUGAACAACUAAGGGAUAGAUACCAGAACCACCAGAGAACAGUGAGGGAGAAGGAGAAGAGGUUAUCAGACUGUAAGCGUGAAUUAGAUAGAGCCACUAAAGAAUGCCAGAGGUUUAACAGUGAGAAAUCAGAACUACUUAUUGAACGAGGUCGUCUUCAACUGCAAGCAGAUCGUCACCAAGAACACAUCACAAUGAGGGAUUCAUUAAUUCAGUCUUUGGCAGCACAGCUGGAAUUAGAUGGUUUUGAGCGAGCACCUUUUAACGAAAGGCACGUUACCAGUUUUCACAGGUUGUUGAAGGAGAGACAAGAAAGAGAUACAGAAGCUGCAAAUCGUUUGAUGAGAGAAUUUGCACAAAAAGAAGCAAUGAAACAAAAACAGAUAGAUGAAAUAAGAGACAAGAAAACUGGAUUAGAAAGAACCAUUGACCUGAAAUCAGACAUUCAAAAUAAGAAACAAGCUGAGCUGAAGAAUGUAAAAUGUGAAUUGCAGCAGUUGGAGGGUUUUUCAGACAGGAUUCUGGAGUUGGAUCAGGAGAUUGUCAAGACAGAACAUGAGCUGGAGAAGGCUGAGAAGAACAGCAAUGUAGAAACACUUGAAGUAGAAGUACGAACUCUGCAAAAUGAGAAAAUAAACCUGGACAAAGCUCUUAGGAAGUUGGAUCAAGAGAUGGAACAGUUGAAUCUACAUACCAUGACAAUUACCCAAAUGGAGAUGCUAAAGAAAGACAAAGCAGACAAAGAAGAGCAGAUCAGAAAAGUAAAAUCAAGACAUUCUGAUGAACUGACAUCACUGUUGGGAUACUUUCCAAAUAAAAACCAACUUGAAGACUGGCUUCAUGGUAAAAAUAGAAAGAUUAAUCAGACAAGGGAUAAUCUUGCUGACCUUAACAAACGACUAGCAUCAGUAGAAUAUCAUAAAACUUAUGUCAGUAAUGAGCUAAAAAAAAAAGAAGAGCAGUUGUCCCUUCAUGAAGCAAAACUUUUUGAUGUUUGUGGAAGCCAAGAUUUUGACAGUGAUCUGAACAAGCUUCAGGAUGAAAUUGAAAAGAGUUCAAAACAGCGAGCUGUGCUUGCUGGAGCCACUGCAGUUUAUUCACAGUUCAUUACACAACUGACAGAGGAGAACCAGUCAUGUUGCCCAGUUUGUCAAAGAGUUUUUCAAACGGAGGCCGAACUGCAAGAUGUAAUCAGUGAUCUGCAGUCUAAGCUGCGUCUUGCUCCAGACAAACUGAAGUCAACAGAGUCUGAGCUUAAAAGAAAAGAGAAAAAACGUGAUGAAAUGAUGAGUCUUAAACCACUUAGGCGAACUGUAGUUGAACUCCAAGAUAGGGACAUACCAGACUUGAGGAGCAAGAUACAGAAUGCAAACAGGGAUUUAACAGGCCUGAAGGGUGAGAUAGAAGAACAGGAAUCACUCUUGCGGACAGCUUUGUCUGAGGAGGAUGGUGCCAAGGCACGUUUACAGGAUAUAACACUGAUGGAAAGGUACCAGACUGAUAUUAGGGAUGUUGAACGAAAAAUUGCUCAGCAGGAGGCUAAGCUGCUAGGGGUCGAUUUAAGUAGAACUGUUCUACAAGUAAGCCAUGAAAAACAAGAGAAAAAACACUUGUGGGAUACAGUUACUGGUAAAAUUGAGUUAAAUCAAAAACUCAAGCAAGACCAGCAAAAUCAGAUUCAGCAGCUAAAGAGUGCAGUUAAUGAGCUUAAAGCAGAGAAACUUCAGAUUUCCAGCAGCAUGCAGCAUCGUCGACAACUGGAGGAACAAACAGUGGAAUUAACCACUGAGGUUCAGUCCUUAUGCAGAGAGAUCAAGGAAGCAAAAGAGCAGGUAUUUCCUUUGAAUGCAACUUUAGAAAAACUGCAGCAGGAGAAGGAGGAUCUAAUGAACAAAAGGACUGCAAGUAAUAAAGAAACCCAAGAGAAGAUAAAUGGCAUAAAAGAGAAAGUUAAGGAUAUAAACAAGUACGUGAAAGAAAUUGAAAACUAUAUUCAACAAGGAAAAGAAGACUAUAAAAAGCAAAAGGAGUCUGAACUUGAUGAAGUAAAUUCUCAGUUAGCCGCCUGUGAGAAACAGAAGGAAAAGAUAAGUAAGGAGAUGGAAACGAUUCGACAAGAUAUUGACACUCAAAAGAUACAGGAAAGGUGGCUAGAGGAUAAUCUUACUUUGAGGAAACGGAAUGAAGAGCUAAAAGAAGUUGAAGACAAUAUAAAACAACUUGUGAAGGAGAUGGGAGAAAUGAAAGUCCCGCAAAUGAAGAAUGAUCAGAAACAUUUAGAGGAGAAAAUAGAAUCUCUGAAAAGAAACCAUCAUGUUGCACUUGGUCGACAACGUGGAUUUGAGGAAGAGAUUGUUCGGUUUAAAAAGGAACUUCGAGAGUCACAAUUCAAAGAUGCAGAGGAAAAGUACAGGGAGAUGAUGAUUGUUAUGAGAACAACAGAGCUAGUGAACAAAGAUCUGGACCUUUAUUACAAGGCUCUUGAUAAAGCAAUAAUGACAUUUCAUAGCAUGAAGAUGGAAGAAAUCAACAAAAUAAUUCGUGACCUUUGGCGAAGCACCUACAGAGGACAAGAUAUUGAAUAUAUAGAAAUCCGUUCUGAUGCAGAUGAGAAUGUCUCAGCCUCUGAUAAAAGAAGAAGUUACAAUUAUAGAGUAGUAAUGAUAAAGGGAGAUACAGCACUGGAUAUGCGAGGAAGAUGUAGUGCUGGGCAAAAGGUGCUUGCUUCUCUUAUUAUUCGUCUUGCUCUAGCAGAAACAUUCUGUCUCAACUGUGGCAUAUUGGCACUAGAUGAGCCUACUACCAAUCUUGAUCGAGAAAACAUAGAGUCUCUUGCACAUGCCCUGAUGGAGAUAAUAAAAAGCCGCUCACAACAGCGUAACUUUCAGCUUCUGGUGAUAACUCAUGAUGAAGAUUUUGUUGAACUUCUGGGCCGUUCUGAAUACGUGGAAACAUUCUACAGGAUAAAGAAGAACAUUGACCAGUGCUCUGAGAUCAUGAAAUGCAGCGUCAGCUCCCUAGGCUCAUACAUUCAUUAGAAUUUCAAGUAAUUUACGUAUUAUAGACUGACUUAGCUGCCUAAUUUGAUAGAGCUCAAAUGAAGGCAUUCCUAUCAUAUACUACUGAAGAUUUGUAAUAAUUUUAGCUAGAAUCUGAAACUAUUAGACUUUUAAACUUCCUAUCUUUCUAUGCAUUUUUGUGCCUGGGUUUAAGGAUCGCCAUGAUUUGGAAGAAUUGAAAUGAAUACAACACAGUUAACUUUUACAUGUAUUUUAUGCUUUAAAAGUGAAAAUAAAGUUGUGAUGUUCUUUGCGUAUGUCCUGCCGGGGAGAUCCAGAUACAGGUUCUUUGGAACAGCUGCAGCUCUGUCGAUAGAAUAGGGCUCACUCUCCAUCACUGCAUUAUGGCAAGUUCAGGACUGAUUUGUAUCUCUAGUCAAGGCAUUUUUGUAGCUACCCGCCUCGUCUACACAAAAUUCACAAGCUUCAAAGAGAACUUUUACUACUUUCUCUACAAGGUAACAUUACUCUGGCUGUUCAAAGACAGAAUCUUCACAAAGUAUAAAAGCUUUCUUUAGAACAAAGGAAAGUCCCAUCUCUAAGGAGAUGAAUGAGUGAAUGGAUGACAGAAGCAUAUUUUAACCAUAUUGUCUUUGCUUGUAACCUCUCUGCUGCUUUAAGAUGAUGACAUUUUUGAGAGUUAUGUCAUAUUCUGAUUCUCCACGAGAUACAAUCAAGUUCUGUGAAAAUGAUUCAAAAAUGCCUUAGAGAGUUAAUUUGUGUGGAUGCUGAGCUUUACCUGCACCACUCGGAGUUCUUCCUGAAGCUCUUCUUGGUACAGCAACACCCGACGGCCCUGCAGAACACAGGCCAAAGGGAACCUGCCACUCAGAAUGACAACGGAAAGCCAACAGCAAUGGCACACUUCAAAAUGCAAAGGACCCAAUCAUCACAAGUCCUGAGAUUUCAGACAAGGGUUCCUCAGCAACAUGCCUCGCUGCCUCUGAAGCCGUGCAAGCCCUGAGGGAUGCGAUUUCUGGGUCUCUGUUUCUUCGUAACUAAGUAAGGGGGCACCUCUUCUACCUUGAACUCUGGCUACUGGCUACACGUCCACAAGCAGAAGCCGGACUCACAGCUUGCAGACAGCAGUGAUAGGCUGAACCUCCCUAGCAGACAGCGUGUGACCAAAGCUCAAUUUCAGAGGAAGAAUCUUUAAACCACCAUGAAAAAAAAGGUUAAUCUCUGUAACUUAGGGACAUUUGUCUUUAGCAAAUACAGGAAUGAGCCUGAGAAAGCUGCACGCUGCCUUCCUGGUGCUUCAGGAUGCGGGAAUCCCUUUUUCACUAAUCUCCCAGGGACAAAGCGAGCGAGGACAGGGGUAGGAGUGCUGGCAAGCGUGGCAGGUGCCGGCAGGGCCUGGGGCCGGUUAAGCACCACGGACAGAGGCAGCCCUGGGACCUGCCCCGAGGCCUUUGCCCAUGGGGCCGCUGAAGCGUGGCCCUGCCUGCCCACGGGGCUGUGCCGUGGCACCUUCCUGGCUCUGCUGAGCCCCCCGGUUAAAUCAUACCACCGCCCACCCCACCUGCUAAAGGGUCUGGACAUCUGCACCAAAAAAGACAAAACCCAGCAGUGCCCCGGGUCUGAUUCUUCAUCUCAGUAGCUAAUGUUCUGCCUUCUACGUGGCUGGAGAGUUAAGUGAACUUGGCAGAAGGUGCCUGAAAGGGUAAUGCCAGAAACUGAGCACUUGAACUAAGGAUUAUUUCCACCUGAAUUUUCUGAAACUGCAAGUCACUAGAGUCAGGUUGGCCCCAGUCAUCGGGAAACCACUCAAAGAUAAGCGAAUGAAUGGGACUUCCUAGCAAUUACGUUCUUUCACCAAUCCCCUGAAAAAGCAAUUAACACCAAACUGGGGAGGAGGGGGGAAGAGAAGGCAAAGGAAAAUGCUACUAACGUGCAUUACGUUUGCAGUUUUAAAUAAGAAGCUUCACUGACUCUAGUACUACUUCCUGAAGGGGAAUUUUCUUAAAGAUAUAAUCAACAGAAAAAAAAAUGACUUUGAAUUUUCAAAUUUUCCUGUACUACCUGUUUAGUUUAGCAUGACACAUACAUCCCAGCUCACGAAGAAUUACAUUAUCUUCAGAAGCAACUCCCCAACUUUUGUGAAUUCUGUGCCUUUUUUUUGCCCCAAGUUAAAGCCGUGGUUUGCAAUUCCUCUAUAAAGUAGUUUGGGCACAUUUUUGCCUUAAUCAGCCCUUCUCUGUUCCCCAGCUGCAAAGUCUUAUCUUCACGCACACUUUGGGGAUUAAACUUGUUGUCAGAACUUGGAAAAAAUACAGAAAAUGUGGUCUCCUAUGUCAAGUGUCAGUAUUAAAAUGACAAAAAAAUAAUCCACGUAAUGAAUAAUCCAUAGGUUCCUCUAUAGCUAACAGCGUGGAAGAGACUCCAUCAGCCCCAUGGUUUUGAUACGGACCAGGCAACGAAAAAAAUGCGCCCGUGUGAGUCGAGUGUAGGAGAAACUUUCAACACUUCCACGAUCUUCUGCUGUUCACAGGCACCUCGGGGAGAGCGAGGACGGAAACGGGCCCCGUUUCCCCGGACGCUGCCGCCCGCCUCUCCUGCUGCACCCACAGGAAACAGGGCUGCUGCAGAUGGGCGCAGUCAGCCACCCCCAGCACCGCGUCAAGGGGAUCCCUGCUCCGCCGCGGCUUCCUGCCUCGCCGCGACGGCGACGGCCGCUGCCUCCGGUCCCGGUGGGACGGCUCGGUCGGGGUCGGCCUCCUCUCCGGCCGUGCCGUGCGGGUGGAGGGCUGCAGGUGAGGGUGCAAGAGGAGCGGAAUAUCGGGGGGAAGGGGUUGUCGCCCUUACAUCGUACUACACAAAGUUCAACGCCGUCGAGCGCAGAACCAAGCAGAGACGUUUAAGGCAAGUGAGGCGCAGAUUUAUUGCAGUAAGUCACUGGGCAGGUGACAAAGCGGUGAAGAAAACCAUCUCUCCGCUUGCCAUUUUGGUUGGAGCUGAGGUGGAUUUCCAGCAGAGAAACGCCAGCGCAGGAGAGCGGCUCCACAGCACCCGUCCUGCGCACAGCGAUGCACGCACACACCUUCACAAGGAACGCACAGCCACAGGCAGACACUCAGAUAUGCCGUGAUUUAAGAGCCAAAAAUGACAACUAAAAAUAAUUCUAAAUGCUUUCACAGAGCUAUCGGUGAGUGUGAUUGCAGUGGGCUGAGGAGCCAAGAAUUAGGCAGUUGCCUGGGACAGGAAUUUCAUACCUAAGCAGGCACCCAGCUCCCCUCCGAGAGCACUAAAUGCUUCCCAUGCCUGUACAGGCAAACAUUGGCAGGUCAGCCCAGGAAAGGGUUAGUUGGGUAUAAAUCCCUUCCAAGGGAUUUGGGUCUGACUACAGCCUCAGCCCUGGUGAACGCUUUUAGAGCCAGCAAUCUGCAGUAGAUCGAGGGCUCCAGCAUGCACUGCUCAAAUGACUUUCCUCCCACCUCUAUGCCACAUCAUUCAGUUCUUCAGUAACGUAACUUAUUUUUGGUUUAUGUGCAUGUAGUAAGCAAGGUGGCAACUACUUUCACUGGGGGGGGGGAAGCCUUAAAGACAUCCCUGUCUGAACAGUCUUGUUUCUAAGUGGAAUUUGUAUUAGCAGUGGAAAACCAAUACUUUGAGUUUCUGAUGCUUCCUUCACUAUUAGUCAGUACAACACUGUGCUGUCUGCUUACAGACUGCUACAGCUGCUCGGCCUGAUGUGCUUUGGGUGUUUAAAACUUCAAAGAUGAAUUAAUUGGGUUUUUAUUUUUAUUUUUUUUCAACCAAAACUGCUUUCUGAUCUGCCUGAAGUAAAAAAGUGACUUAAAGAACAUGUAACUUGCUACUUCCAGGAGCAACUUCUCCAUAAAUGUUAUAAUGGUGGAAGUCCACUUUUCCUGCUGCAUGCCAUAUUUAGGCAAAAAGCUUUUGCAUGCCCUAAAGAUUAAAAAUAAAAAAAACCCAAAGAGAUGUGAUUAUCUACAAAUAAACACCACAAACCAAACCAAUAAAUAUAGAUGAUGCUUUCAAAAGCUUAA